GUUGACAUAACUUUGAUGCGCGUUUGUACAACAAUAUGGAUGAUAAUAAACGUCACGUAUGUUGCCAACAAUUCCCACAGGCUUUACAGAAGGGAUUUCAGGAGCUGUGGGAGGACCGAACAUUGUGCGAUGUUGAGCUUUGCGCAGAAAAUGAGACCUUUGCAGCACAUCGGUCUGUUUUAGCGGCCGCUAGUCAUUAUUUUAGGAUAAUGUUUACUGCUGAUAUGUUGGAACGGUCUAUGCAAUCCGUGGCCCUGAAAGGCAUUUCGGCAGUAGGUUUAAAAACUGCUUUGCACUUUAUAUACACUUCAAGGUUCUCUUGUGAGUGGGAACAUCUGGAGGAUGUAUUACUUACAUCGACACACUUACAGAUUCCACUGCUGACGGACAGUUGCGACAAAUUGAUGCAGAAAAGCUUAAAAUCUGACAACUUUUCAGACAUGCUUUCUUUUGCUGACAGGUACAGUCUUCCCAAACUAAAAGUGGAAACAUUUUCCUUUAUUUCCCAUAACUUAGACCAGUUGCUUGCAGAGCAAGAGUCGGCACUGCUGCAGCUGGACUUUGAGUCUGUUCUGGAAAUUUUGGGGAGGAAUGAUAUCACCUCUAAUGUCAACGAAGGGCGCAUUUUAGAUUUUGCGGUGAAGUGGCUCACAUUUGAUUUGGAUAACAGGUUGUGUCACUUGGAUAAACUUAUUAAAGAAGUUAGGCUGGGUCUUCUCUGUUCUCCGGAAUGUUACAAUGGAAACUGUGAAGCGCUUGAUAUUUUGAGGUCUGUACCCGGUGCUGAGAAAUACAUUAAAGAGUUAGGUGAUUUCUGCCUAAAGUUUAACUUUGAUAGCCCUUACAAGAACUGGUUACAGAUCAGGUCUACACAGAAGGGUGUUCUAGCUGUUUGUGGAAAGACUGCGGGAAGCCAAGAAUGUAGAGAAAUUAUGGUUUUCACUGGAGAAGAAGUAUUCAGGCAGGAUUCCUGGAGGCCGAUCACUCAGACAGAAGGGACAUACAACCACUGUGCAGUAGUUCUCAAUGAUUACCUUUAUGUUAUAGGUGGACAGAACUCUUGGUUCAAUCAUAAUCAUGAAGAUGAAGCUACAGCCACAGUGAGACGCUAUGACCCCCGCUUUGACAGAUGGAUUCGACUUACUAAUAUGCAGGUACGUCGACGAAGGUUUCACUGCAGCGUACUUGGAUCCUCUAUUUAUGCAGUAGGUGGAAGAGGAGAAGGUGGUAUCCUAUGUUCAACAGAACGCUAUGACCCUUCAGAAGAUAAGUGGGAGUAUGUUCGAGCAUUACCUUGUCCACUUUCUAGUCAUGCAGGUGCUGUGUGCCAGAACAAGCUUUUUGUGUCUGGAGGUUCGUCUGGUGAGGUGUUUACUAAUUCAGUAUACAGCUAUGAUCCUGAAAGAAGCGAAUGGACAAUACACUCUCCACUACAUCACCCUCGUGGUUUUCACAGCAUGACUGCAGUCCAUGGCAGGUUGUAUGUGAUGGGUGGUGUUAUAAUUACUGGUGUUGAGGGACAGCGACGUACUUACUCAGAUGUUAAAGUAACAGAAUGUUACUGCCCUGUUACUGAUCAGUGGACAGAACUUACACACCUUCCUGUAGGACAUAGCCAGCAUGGUGCAGCAGCAUUGGGCAAUAAAAUCUAUAUCAUUGGUGGAUUUUCUUGGAAUGAAGAAGGAUUUCUAAAAAAUGUCCAUGCGUAUGAUACUGAAAGUGAUAGCUGGAGUGCUGGACCUGAGCUGCCCCGCCCCUUAGUAGGGCUCAGUAGUGGUGUUCUCACACUGCCAUACUACCUCAGCAAGAAAAAUGAUGUUUUAGAACCCCUAUGACAAGCAUCUUUCGCUUCAUCCUUUAAAAUCAUUUUCAUUAUUUAUCCUGGAUGGAAAUAUGAGUACCCCUGUGGUAUGUCCAUGCUGAACUUCACCUUAUGUUUGCAUGGAUGGAAUAUGUUUGUUUUUGGUUGUUUGGGUGUUCCAGUACUGCCAUCUUUGUUACUAUUCUUUAACUGUCCUGCUGGUAUUUUCUCACUCACAGGCCUGUUCCUCAUCCUAAGAAAAUCAUUUAUGUUAGCACCUGAGGUGUGUUUAUUUGUAACCUGUACCUACAGAAAGGCUACCAUCUACACCACUUGUCUUCAUUCUGCUGACCCACACGUACGAGUAGACCAGCCUUAUUUUAAGGUGAACAAAGAGUAUGCUGUAAGAGGUAAAGACAAGAUGUCAUCUAGUUUUGGAUGUCCUGUACUUCUUAAUUUUGAUUGUAUUAGUUGAGGGUAAGCUGCUAAGUGUGUUUUAGAACAAGAUGCUUAUUUUUUUUUCCUUUGUUGACCCACGCCCUUUUCUUUUGAUGAGAUAAUUUAAUUUGCACUAUUGUUUGUACAUAAUUUGAAGAAGCCCUGUCAUCUAUUUAAAAGGGAGACAGUGCUGCAGGAUGUUGUGUGUUGCAUAGAAAUAUCUUUUUUUUAUGGCAUAAAAUGCUUUCAUUUGUAUAUUAACCCCUGUGAAGUCUAAACACGUUUGUUUCAGUGAUGCAAUUGAUGGUAUUUCCAGAAUUAUUUACACACAUUGGUUUGUCGUUUUUAUUACAGUGUUGCUCAGGUUAAUUAAAGUGGCUUAUGAAGCAGG